AUGGGCCUUGGACGCGUUUGUUUUUCUUCUUUUUUUUUCUCAGACACUUGGCACGCAUUCGAAACACAACCCAGGCCUCGGCCUGGGUUCUUGGCUGCGCGGCCCUAUCCGCAGGACUCCCUGCUGGCCGGCGCGGCCACGUUGGUGAUCCUCUCCUUGCGGGUUUCAGCACGAGUCCAUAUCCCGGUUGCUGCUUCACUGCUGCUGGAAGUUUGGGCUCCGCAAUCCUACGCAUUCGAGGAGCAGUGCUUGGGGAACACUACGACGCUGCCUUUUGCAGAGAGCUGCACUUCAUUCGGGCGUUUGGCCCAGGUCCGUGGUACUGCGCCCGACUUCGUUUUCUGGGAGCCGGAGGCGGCAUUUUCUUUGGGCCUCCGGCUGGCACAAAACGGCGACCUCGCCAGCAACUCCGACGGCGGCUGGCUCGUUCAGCUUUGGGAAGAAGCUGCCGACACAAACACGAGCACCGCCGAUCUCGCUAUCGGCCCUGCUAUUGUGGUACGAGACGCUGCCGCUGCAUUGACUGAUUCCGGGGGCUCCAAGAUAUUGAACACGAACGAUCGUCUGCUGGUGAUUGAUGACUCCUGGCUCACUGCGCGAGGAGUCCUUGUGAGCGAGAACGAAGCUGCGGUGCUCCUCUCAGACGGCAGCUUUGGGCGGACCUCCACUUUGGCGCUGCGCAAUGCGCCGGCGGACGACCGGCCACGACCCUUGGGCCGAGCUGCGCAGGAGCUGGUGCAUCAGACGCAGCUUGAGGGCUAUGAUGUCGAAGGUGCAUUGGCUGCCAUUGGCAUCGGAGUGGAUUAUCCAAGUCACCCGGAGUGGACCGCUUUCGUCGUGGGUCUUCAGAUUGGCUUUGCAACUGCACUUCGUCUCACGGCGAUUCGGGUUACCUCGCCGCCACACUUCACCUUCUCCUGUGAUGGGAUCGAGCCGGGCAAUACAAGACUGCUUGCGAGUGGCACCGCUCCGCCAUGCCGAGUCAUUGUGAGUCCUUUCGAAUCUGCUUUGCAGCUGGAGAAUCCAUAUCUUGGAGGACCAUCUGGAUACUCCGCAGGUAUGCACUGGUGGUUUGGAGGCCAGAUGCAAGUAUUUCCUCCAUCUGGAUGGCACGAAGAAAGACAGAGCUGGGCUGUUGAACUCGCAGGAGAGCGCGGUGACUUGCGCCUGGACAUCCACCCGCGGCGCAGCCCCAGCCUUGAGGACAAAUGGCUCUUGGCCUUUGAGGUCCUCCCCACUUUGACAGGUACUGGCGACACGACCUUCGUUGAUUUGCGCUUCGCGAUCCGAUUUUUCGAUGCAGCCGAUGACACCCUGCCCGUACCACCACAGGAGCUGUGGGAUCCGGCCACUGGGAACCUUCCACUGGUCCUCCGAGGACCACGCAGCGUCCCUUUCGACCGCGCACAGUUUUCCCGAGGCAGCUGCAUAGACGCUGGCGACGAUCUUCUCUUUCCAGAUGACACAUAUCUUGGGCGUCCGCCAGCUACAUGCACAGCUCUGAGAUUGGAGCAGCGGGUGCAGUCCUUGGCCGAGCGAGCCGCAUCCGGAGCUACGCCGCGCCAGCUGCAGGGAAGCAUUCGGGCAGCCAUCGUGCUUCCCAGAAACUGCAGGCCGCCGAUGCCCUCCUGCGCGGACUUCUUUGAGCUGAAGCUGGGUCAGGAGUCGCUCUUCAGUCGCAGCAACGGCCUCUCGGAGCAGCUGAAAGCUGGCAGCAUCGGGGUGGAGCAAGGUGCUUCCCAGGCCAAGAAAUUCCCAGCUUGCCUUCUUGGACUAUUGCUACUCGGAGUCUAG